AUGUCCAAUAAGAACGUGGAUACAGCUCCAGAUAAUGGUUCUGGUGGCUCCAAUUCCCCAGCUUCUGUGCCGCAUUAUCCACAGCAACACCGUGCUAAUUAUAAUCCUCAUAAGAAUCAUACUAAUCAUGGGGGCAAUAAUGGAGGCGCCCAGGGUUACAUGCAGCAUCAGCAACAGCAACAAAUGUAUUACAAUCAGAUGGGCUACCCUAUGCCGUAUCCGAAUGCUGGUGGCAAUUUCAACCAGAAUGUAUACUUGGUUCCUUAUAAUACUAUGGUUCCAGGUACUCCAUAUGGUGCAGGUGCCCCGGGCGUGCCUCCAAGCUACCCAGUGUCUCCUUCUCCAGCAUUCGCCUCUCCACAAAAGACUCAUGUGCCAGUAAGUCUGCGUACCCCUUCUGGAGAACCUAUAAAUUUGGUUCCUGCUGGGCAAACGAGUUCCAGUUCAUCCAAUGCCUCUCCUCAUGUUAAGUCUACCUCUAUUCCUCCUUCUGCUGUCACUAGUCCUGCUGCUUCCAUUGCUCCAACUGUUGCAUCACCGACUAAGGCCGCGGCUGGAUCUGAAGACGCUGGCAAGACUAGAGAUGCAUUCAAGCAGAUGGUUCAGGCUUUAGCUGCUAAAAAGAAGGCUGCAGCUGCUGCCAAGGCUGAAGGUAAAACAGAUGAUAAAAAGGAGUCUGUGGAGUCUAAGCCUAAGUCUGCUGUACAGCCCGAGACAAAGCCAAAAGUUGAGGUUAAGUUAGAGCCAAAACCAAAAGUUGAGGUCAAAUUAGAGCCAAAGCCAAAGGUUGAGAUUAAACUAGAGCCCAAACCAGUAUCGGAGGCUAAACCAGAGACAAAAACAGUACCUGAGGUUGAAGAACCUUCAACAGUUGCAACGAUCAAAUCAGAAUCCACACCAAUUGAGGAGCUCAAACCCAAAGUUGAGGUAACCCCAGAAGUUGCAUCCAAGCCUGAACAGGUUGAGUCUGCACAGGAGCCGGCUAACGAUGUAAAACCAUCUGAAGUCUCAGCUAAAGAGGUUCAAGAAUCCAAGGAGGAGUCUUUGAAACAACCUAAGGAAGCUUUGAAUGACAUUAAAUCCACCGAGGAGUCAAAUAAAAAGUUUUCUCUUCCAGAAGAGGAGUCUAACGAUCACCAGACACUUUCCCAAAUUCAAGGAGUUAAAGAUACAGAACAAUCGCAAGAAUUUGAAGAACCUCAAGGAACCCAGGAAACUCAGGAAACUCAGGAAACGCAGGAAACCGCAAAGCCUUUGGAAGCUCAAGCACCUCAAGAAAUUCAAGAAACCCAAGAACCUGAGGAAGUUCAGGAACAAACUCCUGAAACAUCUGAGACUGUUUCUUCUGUCACAGAAGAAGUGUCUCCAGCUCCAGCACCUGGAUUGCCCCUUUCAAAGUUCUUGGACAGAAUCAGAAAGGCUCCCGCCAUUUCAAACCCAUUCAAGCAUGAGUACUCAGGUGAUUUCCAUGGUCCAGACGAAAGUUUAAGUGGUCUGAAAACCAUCAAAUAUGAUCCGGGUUUCUUGAUCCAAUUCGCCACCUUCAACUUCCAUAUUGAUGAAGAUUUCAUCAACGAUGUCGGUUCUAAGGUUGUGAUCCCUGUCAACACCAGAAGAGACAAUUUUUCCAAGAGCAUGUCUACCAGCAAUUUCAAAGGUUCUGGUAGAAAUAUGGGUUCUAAUUUCAGAAAUGAUUUUGGAUCUAGAAACAACUCCAAGCAAGGUUCCAAGAAAAAGAAUAAAUCUCAAAAGAGCCAAUCUAGGAGGGGUCCAAAGUACUCCAAUGAAGAAGAACCUGCUGAACCAGCCGUGCCUGCUGAAUUGCCUAAUAGAGCUGCAAGCAAGUGGGUACCUCGUUCGUUAAGAAAUAAGGAGGCUGAAGUCAAGACUGCUCCAGACGGAUCUAUAAUAGUAUCAGAAGAAGACAUCAAAAGGAAAACUAAAUCCCUUUUGAAUAAGUUGACGUUGGAAUUCUUUGAUGAUAUCUCAAACGAUAUAAUUGCUUUGACCAAGCAAGCUCAAUGGGAAGAUGACGUGAAGACUUUGAAACAAGUUAUUGAGUCUAUAUUUGCAAAGGCUUGUGACGAACCCUACUGGUCUUCUAUGUACGCUAAAUUAUGCGCCAAAAUGUGCAAGGACACCCCACCUGAGAUCAAGGAAACUAAUGAGAAGGGAAAUACUUUCACCGGUGGUGAUUUGGUGAGAAGAGUGUUGAUUAAUAGAUGUCAAACCGAAUAUCAGAAAGGAUGGAUUGACCAGCUACCAACCAACGAGGAUGGUUCACCUCUAGAGCCAGAACUGAUGUCUGACGAAUAUUACAAACAAGCUGCUGCUAAACGUAGAGGUCUUGGUCUGGUUAAGUUCAUUGGUCAAUUGUACCAGUUGAACUUAUUAUCAGACAAUGUCAUUUUCCACUGUGUCCUUGGUCAGUCCAAAGAAACAGACAAUCCAUCAGAAGAUACUAUGGAGAACCUGGUUCAAUUAUUGGAAGCUGUAGGUUAUAGAAUGGAGAUGUCCAGUGAACCUAAGAUUAGAAGGGUUCUUGAUCUCGCCUUUGCCAACAUCAAGGCCAUUGUUGACGCUAACAAGAUUCCUUCAAGAAUAAGAUUUAUGCUCAUGGAUUUGAUGGAUCUAAGAAGAAAUGGCUGGGCUACAACAGAAGAGAACGCUGGUCCAAAGACCAUUCAAGAGAUUCACUUAGAGGCUGAGAUCAAGAGAUCAGAGGAGGAGAGAGAAAAAGAAAGAGACAGGCAUUCUCGUAGAGGACGUUACAACGACUCCAAACCUAACUCUCGUCAAAAGUCAUCUUGGGGAAGUUCAGUGGUUUCACCUAAUGAUAUUAGAAAUGCAGGCUAUGUUAGAAACUCUGACAAAUCUCUGGGGCCUGUCAACAGUUUUUCCAGGGGCAAGUCAUCCCGUCAAGCUUCAAAGCAAUCAAACAGUGAUUUUACCAGUGUUCCUAUCACUUCCAGUGGUAGUAGAACUGCUCUAAACCACUCUGGCGACAGCUCAACGUCUCUGAACGAACCUCAAUCAAGAGAAUAUUCAAAAAAAUCUGAAUCUAGGCCCGCUCCUUCCAACAUUUUUGCUGCAUUAGAGGAUCACGAUCAUGAUCAUGAACAUGGCCACGAACAAGAAGAAAACAAGCAUUCCAAGGAUCUCCAAAACGGAGAGGCCGAAGCACCUGAGGACGACAAUGUGGGAGAAAUAGCCCAAGCUGACGAAAAUGUGCAAGGGCAAGAGCAAGAGGAAGAACGAGAGGAAGAGCGAGAGCAAGAAGAGGAACAGGAAGUUUAA